AUGGAGAGAAGCUCUUUUUUUUCCUCCACUAUUGAAUCCCGCAGCUCGCCGAGUCCCGCGGCCCGAGGAGCACCAUAUUGCACGCAGAAUGGUCGGACGCUCGAGCGAUCGGAGCUGCACGUUUGUACGAGGAGCUCGUUCUUCCCCUUUCCUCUCGUAAUACGGCAAGGCUCGAGAGAGAACGCAGGUCUUGAAUGCGGGAAACAGCGGAGACCCCCCGGACCACGCAAUGUUGGAAUGGAAGGCGCAGAUUCUGAGUCGCCGUCCCGAACAGGAGCAUGAAGGACUUUGCGGGUCUGCGAGCGCCGAGAGUGAAACUUUGUUGCGCCGGAACGUCAAGAAACGCGCUGGGAGGAAUAUAAGAGUGCGGAUAUCAGGACGCACAGCCCAGUCUCUGCACCAUGGCCUCGGCUGUUAGCGCGUCUCCCGAGCAGGAGAGCGGGGAGCCCGAGCGGCCGAGGGGAGCGCGCCGGAGACGGGGGACCUACCGCACCUCGGCGGCGGCGGUGGCGGCGGUGGAUCCCGAGUAUCUGCAGCGUCCGAGCUACUGCGAUGCGUCGCUCGCGCUGGAACAGAUAUCGGAGGGCACGGCGGCCGGACGGAGGGCUCCGCUGUGGCUCCGGGCCCGUUUCCAGGCGCUGCUCUUCAGACUCGGCUGCUACAUCCAGCGGAACUGCGGCAAAUUCCUGGUCGUGGGGCUCCUCGUGUUCGGCGCGUUCGCCGUGGGCUUGAGGGCGGCCAACCUGGAGACGGACGUGGAGAAGCUUUGGGUUGAAGUGGGCGGUAGGGUGAACCAGGAACUGAAAUACACGCGGCAGAAGAUGGGCGAAGAGGCAAUGUUCAGCCCCCAGCUGAUGAUCCAGACCCCACGAGAAGAAGGCGCCAACGUUCUGACCGCGGAGGCAUUGCGUCAGCACCUAGACUCUGCCCUCAAGGCUAGCAGAGUGCACGUUUACAUGUAUAAUAGGCAGUGGAAAUUGGAGGAUUUAUGCUACAAAUCAGGAGAACUCAUUACUGAAACAAAUAUUAUAGAUCAGAUCAUUGAAAGAUUGUAUCCUUGUCUGAUAAUCACACCAUUGGAUUGCUUCUGGGAAGGUGCCAAACUACAGUCAGGAAUAGCCUACCUCCCGGGCAAGCCGCCGGUGCAGUGGACGAACUUUGACCCCAUGGAGUUCUUGGCAGAGCUGAAGGGCCUGAAGGGGUUGAAGGAUCAGAAAGGGCUGAUGGACACGGUGGACAGCUGGGAGGAUCUUCUGGUCAAGGCGGAGGUGGGCCACGGCUACAUGGACCGGCCAUGUCUGAACCCCGCUGACCCAGACUGUCCCCUCACGGCACCAAACAAGAACUCCACACGGCCCUACGACAUCGCCCAUGCGCUCAACGGCGGCUGUCACGGCCUCUCCAGGAAAUACAUGCACUGGCAAGAGGAGCUCAUCGUGGGCGGGACCUCCAAGAACGGGAGCGGGAGACUCCUAAGUGCUCAGGCCCUGCAGACCAUGUUCCAGCUGAUGACCCCCAAGCAAAUGUUUGAACAUCUGAAGGGGUACGAGGUUGUCUCCCACAUCAACUGGAACGAGGACAAGGCAGCCGCCAUUCUGGAAGCCUGGCAGAGGAGAUAUUCCGAGGCCGUGCAGCAGAGCGUGUCCGUCAACUCUUCGCAGAAGGUGCUUUCUUUCACGACUACUACUUUGGAGGACAUCCUGAAGUCCUUCUCUGACGUCAGCGUGAUCCGCGUGGCCAGUGGCUAUCUGCUCAUGCUGGCCUACGCCUGCUUGACCAUGCUGCGCUGGGAUUGUGCCAAAUCCCAGGGAGCCGUGGGCCUGGCGGGGGUCCUGCUGGUGGCGCUGUCCGUCGCGGCAGGGCUGGGCCUGUGCUCUCUCCUCGGCAUCUCCUUCAAUGCCGCCACGACUCAGGUUUUGCCCUUCCUUGCCUUGGGAGUCGGCGUCGACGACGUCUUCCUCCUGGCUCACGCCUUCAGCGAAACGGGUCAGAACAAGAGAAUCCCCUUUGAGGACCGCACAGGGGAGUGUUUGAAGCGGACAGGGGCCAGCGUGGCUCUCACCUCCAUCAGCAACGUGACGGCAUUCUUCAUGGCUGCGCUCAUCCCCAUCCCAGCACUCAGGGCCUUCUCCCUGCAGGCCGCGGUGGUGGUGGUCUUCAACUUCGCCAUGGUGCUGCUCAUUUUCCCCGCCAUCCUUAGCAUGGACCUCUACCGCCGUGAAGACCGCCGCUUCGACAUCUUCUGCUGUUUUGUCAGUCCAUGUGCUAACCGGGUGAUCCAAAUGGAGCCGCAGGCAUACGUGGACAGCGUGGACGGCAGCCACUACAGUCCGCCCCCUUCCUACAGCAGUCACGGCUUCGCCCAGCAGACGCAGAUCACCAUGCAGUCCAUGGUGCAGCUGCGCACCCAAUACGACCCGCGCACGCAGGCCUACUACACCACAGCUGAGCCACGUUCAGAGAUCUCCGUCCAGCCCGUCGCCGCCGCCGGCCCAGCCAACCUCAACCUCAACAACAACAAUGGUAGCUCUUCGGGUCCGAGCAGCUCCGGGAACGCCCCUCGCUCCCCGGGCGGCGCCUCCUCGCUGGACCCCGGGAGCUGCCAAAGUCCCGAGAGCAACAGUUCGACUAGGGACCUCCUGUCCCCUGGUUCGGAUCCUGCCCUGCGCUGCAUGGAGCCUCCCUGCUCCCGCUGGACCUUCUCCUCCUUUGCCGAGAAGCACUACGCUCCCUUCCUGCUUCAGCCGACAACCAAGGUGGUGGUGAUUCUGCUAUUCUUGGGCCUGCUGGCGAUCAGCCUGUAUGGGACCACGCGGGUGCGGGAUGGCCUUGAGCUCACCGACAUUGUACCGCGGGAGACCAGAGAGUAUGACUUCAUCGGGGCCCAGUUUAAGUACUUCUCCUUCUACAACAUGUACGUGGUGACGCAGAAAGCCGACUACGCCCGCAUCCAGGGCACGCUAUACGAGCUGCACCGCCGCUUCGGCACCGUCAAGUACGUCCUGCGUGAGGACAACGGCCAGCUGCCCCGCAUGUGGCUGCACUUCUUCCGGGACUGGCUGCAGGGUCUCCAGCAGGCGUUUGACCGGGACUGGGAAGCAGGGAAGAUCACUCAGGCCAGCUACAGAAAUGCCUCCGAUGACGGGGUCCUUGCCUACAAGCUCCUGGUGCAGACCGGACGAAGGGACAAGCCCGUCGACCUCAACCAGCUGACCAGGCAGCGUUUGGUGGAUGCCGACGGCGUCAUUAACCCCGCAGCCUUCUACAUCUACCUGACCGCCUGGGUCAGCAAUGACCCCGUGGCCUACGCCGCCUCCCAGGCCAACUUCAGGCCACACCCCCCAGAGUGGCUCCACGACCGCACCGACUCCAUGCCCGAGACCCGGCUCAGCAUUCCCGCUGCAGAGCCGAUCGAAUACGCACAGUUCCCCUUCUACCUCAAUGGCCUCCGAGAGACGGCGCAGUUUGUGGAGGCUAUCGAGAGUGUGCGGGCCAUCUGCAGCAACUACAGUCGCCAGGGGCUGCCCAGCUACCCCAACGGAUACCCCUUCCUCUUCUGGGAGCAGUACGUGAGCUUGCGCCACUGGCUGCUGCUCUCCAUCAGCGUGGUGCUAGCCUGCACCUUCCUGGUGUGCGCGCUCUUCCUGCUCAACCCCUGGACCGCAGGCAUCAUUGUCCUGGUCCUCGCCCUGAUGACCAUCGAGCUCUUUGGUAUGAUGGGAUUGAUCGGAAUCAAGCUGAGCGCCGUCCCUGUCGUCAUUCUGAUCGCCUCUGUGGGCAUCGGGGUGGAGUUCACAGUUCAUGUAGCAUUGGCCUUCCUCACGGCUAUUGGUGACCGGCACCGGAGAGCGCUCCUGGCCCUGGAGCAUAUGUUUGCUCCGGUUCUGGACGGGGCGCUCUCCACCCUCCUUGGUGUCCUCAUGCUGGCUGGCUCGGAGUUCGACUUCAUCGUCAGGUAUUUCUUUGCUGUGCUGGCCAUCCUGACCAUACUGGGUGUCCUCAACGGCCUGGUGCUCCUUCCCGUUUUGCUGUCAUACUUUGGCCCAUAUCCCGAGGUGUCUCCUGUUGACGGGCAGAACCAGCUGCCUAUGCCUCGGCUGAACCCGCCCCCUCGCGUGGUGCAUUUCGCCGCGCAGCCUUGCCGCAGCGCCACGGGAACCGGCUCGGACUCAUCGGACUCCGAGUACAGCUCCAACACCACGGCGUCUGGCCUCAGCGAAGAGCUGCAACAGUGCAACGCGUGGCCCGCCAGGGGUGGCCAUGUCUGGCGGGAGGUUCCAAGGCAGUACAUCUCUCCCCGUAGGCCUGGGGGCCAACCCGCCGGCAGAGUGAGACCGACAGAACGCCAGCUCUUUCCCAUGUCCACGCACAUUCAUCGAGACAGCAGGCAGCAGCAUCAGAGACCCCACCCUAGGGAGGGGCCCCAGCCCGCACGGCGGUGGGAAACGGGGAGGGCGAGCCAGCAGCAGCCACCACCCCCUCGCAGGCCGCGCACAGACGCUUUCGAAACUGCCGCCGAUUGCGGCGGCAAUUCUGCCUCCAGCCACAGAGACCGCACAGGGCAGCGUUCCCGCUCCCACAGCUCGCGCACCCAUGCUUCUUUUGCUACCCCCGGACCCACCUACGGCCAGCCCAUCACCACGGUGACAGCCUCUGCUUCCGUGACUGUGGCGGUCCACUCGGCCCAUCCAGCCCAGAACCCCACCUACUUGACGUUCUCCUCACCAGAUGGGUAUCAGCCUGCCAAUGCCGCUGACCCUGAACCUCCCUUCUCGGACCCCCACGUGCCUUUUGAGGGGUUCUCUGAUGAGAAGGACUCAAAGAUGGAGGCAGUCGAACUGCAGGAUGUGGAAUGUGAGGCUCACACUGAGUACAACAGGAGGAGGUCAGAUAGCUGAGUGAGUAUAUGGCGAUACUGCAAGGCCAAAGACUGGACCUCCUCCUGAUUGACAACAAGGAGGCAGAGCAAGGCACGCAGAUGCAGAAGAGCAGCACUGCUGGGUGUUACAUUUUUACUGUAGCUUGUAAUAUUAUUUGAUACUUUUAUAAAUAUUUAAAAACUGUAUACUUGUAAAUACAACAAAAGAGCUAUAACUUAGGAGCAGUUCAACUGUUCAAUAGCCCGGGAUAUUCUGCGCGCGCGUGCGUGCGUGUGUGUGCGUGUGUGUGCGUGUGUGUGCGUGUGUGUGCGUGUGUGUGCGUGUGUGUGUGUGUGUGUUAGAGCGUGAGAACUUUUCAAUUCCUCUAUCUUUGCCACGAGAAAGCUACAUCCACACAAACGUUUCAGCAUAUAUUUUUUGCUGCUUAAAAAAUGUAUAAUUGUAUAAUUCUAUGCAAAUAUUGCUUAUAUGUGAUAUGAGUGUGUUUGCCUGGAUGAGGUGUGUAUGUUAAAGCCCUGACAUGGAACCGAUAUCUGGCAAAGUAGCACAGUUCACCUUUUCUUCCAAUGCACAACAAAAGUGCAGUUAAGGAAUCUGUGGUUUAUCUGAAAUAAUGUGAUGUUCCCACACUUGAGAAAUUAAACAGCGAAACUCUCAGUGAAUCGGUACCCAAAAGCUGGAAGUCGGGGGGAGAGGUAUCGUUUGAUACGCAAGAGAAGCGUAACAUUUCGACUAGAAUUGAUAGGACUUUCAGUCUGUAAACCACUAGAUUCCACAGACCGGUGAUAAAUACUGUAAAGUUACAUGUAAAAAGCAGACUCAGGAUGCCCAUUGACAGGAGAAAAUGUUUCCUUCCUCUUGUCAGCUUUUCCAUUAGUACUGUUGCCCAAUGUUUUUGAUACUUCUGUAGAAAUAUGGUAGUUCAUAUUUAAAAUGCUUUAAGACUAUUAUUUCGGAUGUUCCGCGUGAGAGAACGUACACGUACGGCUUAAAAAUAUUUCAUGUAGGGCUUUAGCCUGUGUGUGUGUGUGUGUGUGUGUGUGUG